GUGAAUUUACUUCUUUAUAUUUUGAAAUUCUUAAAUGAAAAUUUUAACUCCGCCAUUGAAUAUGACCGAAUGAAUGAAGAAAAGUAAUUUUUUUCAAAAUCAUGAAGAGAUUUUAUUGCUAUUUAAAAUCUCAAAACCACAGGUUAUAAGCCAUACCAUUUUCCUACUAAUUUUUGCACUAAUGGAGAAAGCCUUCAGUUCUUUUCUCUUAAUAGUAUUCUUGCUGCUUCACAAUGUUCUGGCUAGUUCGGCCAUGACCCUAACCAACAUUACCACUGAUCAAUUGGCUCUUCUAUCCUUAAGAUCUCAAAUCAUUUCAGACCCCUCUCACUUCUUCGAUGAAAACUGGUCUCCCACUGUUUCUGUUUGUCAUUGGGUUGGAGUCACUUGUGAUUCUCGUCACCAACGGGUGAAUUCCAUGAAUCUUUCUAACAUGGCUCUUACAGGCAGGAUUCCCCAUGAAUUCGGAAACCUCACAUUUCUUGUUUCUCUUGACUUGGAAAGCAACAAUUUCCAGGGAAAUUUGCCUCAAGAAAUUACACGCUUGCGUCGGCUCAAGUUUCUUGAUUUAAGUUUCAACAACUUCAGUGGGAAGGUUCCUUCUUGGUUUGGAAUUUUACACCAACUUCAAUUUUUAAGUCUUACGAAUAAUAGUUUCACUGGUUCCAUCCCUUGUUCAUUUUCUAAUAUUUCCACACUUGAGACUUUGAAUCUGAAUUUCAAUUACAUAGAGGGCCAAAUACCAAAAGUGAUUGGAAGUCUUUUAAACCUUAGAGUAUUAAAAUUGAGGGGUAACAAUCUCAUAGGCUCUAUUCCUCUGUUGCUCUUGAAUGCCUCAAGGUUGGAGACUUUAGAUAUAUCUUAUAAUUCACUUCAAGGAAACAUUCCAGAAGGGAUCGGCAAUCUUCACAACAUGAAAGUGCUAUCCAUACAAUAUAAUCAACUUAUGAGUUCUAUACCAUUCACAAUUUUCAAUAUUUCUAGGAUCGAAGUCAUUGCAUUUACUGGCAAUAGCUUAUCAGGAAGUCUUCCCAAUGGUUUAUGCAAUGGUGUCCCAAUACUCGAAGGGCUUUAUCUGUCUUAUAACAAGCUUCACGGUCAUAUGCCUACAAGCUUAGCAAAUUGUUCACAACUUCAACUUUUGUCUUUAACGGGCAAUGAGUUUGAUGGACCAAUACAUAGUGAAAUUGGAAGAUUGAGUACCUUGCAGUUUUUGUAUCUCGGAAGUAACCAUUUCACGGGUGAAAUACCCAAAGAGAUAAGCAAUCUCAUUGAGUUGGAGGAACUUGAUCUUUCGACCAAUAAUUUUAGUGGUUCACUUGAUAUGGAGACCUUCAACAUAUCGGGGCUGAGAAUACUUGGUCUUACAGAUAACGAUCUAUCAGGAAGCCUCCCACCAAAUAUAGGUUCUAUGUUACCCAACAUUGAAGUGCUUUAUCUGGGCAACUUAACCAAUCUAGUUGGGACUAUUCCUCAUUCCAUAUCAAAUUGUUCAAAACUUACUAUUCUAGAGCUUUCUUACAACAAACUCACAGGCUUGAUUCCCAAUUCUCUUGGAUAUUUGACUCAUCUACAAUUACUAAAUCUAGGGGAAAACAAUUUAACCAGCGAUUCAUCAUUAAGCUUCCUGACUUCCUUAACCAAUUGUAGAAAUUUAGAGUAUCUUUCUCUAUAUCUUAACCCACUAAAUGGCAUACUUCCAGUCUCUGUAGGGAACUUUUCUAAGUCUCUAAUGAAAUUUUACGCCAGCAGUUGCAAAAUCAGAGGGCGAAUUCCAAUUGAAGUUGGGAACUUAAGCAGCUUAUUAGACCUUGAUCUUUCUGGAAAUAACUUGGUCGAAUCGAUUCCAACAUCAAUUGGCAAGUUGAGAAGCCUUCAGCGCUUCGUGUUGACUAACAACAAAUUAACAGGAACUAUUGGAGAUAAUUUUUGUAAAUUGCAGCGUUUGGGUGCUAUUUACUUCAGUCAAAAUCAACUUUCAGGGUCUCUUCCUAAUUGUUUAGGGAAUAUUACUUCCCUUAGGGAGAUACAUGUGGGCUCCAAUAAAUUGAGUUCCAAUAUACCACUAAGCAUAGGGAAACUUCAAGAUCUAGUGGUUCUUCACUUAUCGUCAAACAAGAUGGUAGGUUCUUUACCUCCAGAAAUUGGAAAUCUAAAGGCUGCGACCCAGAUGGAUCUGUCGAUGAAUCAAUUCUCAAAUGAAAUUCCUAGAGAAAUUGGAGGCUUACAAAAUUUGGCGUACCUUUCUUUGAGACAUAACAAGUUGCAAGGACCUAUACCUGACUCAAUGAGCAACAUGAUAGGUUUGGAAUUCCUAGACCUUUCUCAUAAUAAUAUAUCCGGAAACAUUCCUAAGUCUUUGGAGAAACUUCAAAACUUGAAGUAUUUCAAUAUUUCUGUCAACAAAUUGUAUGGUGAAAUACCCUCGGGAGGUCCUUUCAGGAACCUCUCGAGUGGUUUUUUCAUCUACAAUGAAGCAUUGUGCGGUUCUUCAAGAUUUAGUGUCCCACCAUGCCCCACUUCAGCAAAGCACAAAUCAAAUAGGAAAAAAUUGCUUGUUCUAUUUCUUCUGCUAGGACUUGCACUUCUAUUUGUUCCCAUCUCUUUUGUGUUCGUAUGGAUAAGGUAUAGGCAAGGUAAAAGAGUUCCUCAACAAGAUGAUUCAUUGUCCACCAUAACAAGAGAAAGAAUUUCAUACUAUGCAUUGCUCCAAGCAACUGAUGAGCUUAGUGAGUGUAAUCUGAUUGGUUCGGGAAGUUUUGGCACUGUUUACAAAGGCGUUCUCAGAAGUGGAGCUGUCAUUGCAGUUAAAGUGUUCAGUCUGCAACUGGAUGCGGGAUUCAAGAGUUUCGAUACAGAAUGUGAAGUUUUACGGAACCUUCGCCAUAGGAAUCUCGUGAAAGUCAUUACUAGUUGUUCCAAUCUUGAUUUUAAGGCUUUAGUGCUCGAGUCUAUGUCUAAUGGAAGUCUUGAGAAGCAUUUGUAUUCGCACAACUACUUCUUAGACAUCAGGCAGAGGCUAAGCAUAAUGAUAGAUGUGGCGUGUGUGUUGGAAUAUCUUCACCAUGGGUGCUCAUCGACUGUAAUCCACUGUGAUCUGAAGCCUAGUAACGUCUUGCUGGAUGAAGAUAUGGUUGCCCACCUCAGCGACUUUGGCAUUUCAAAACUGCUUGGUGAAGAUCAGUGUGAUUUUUACAUUAAAACCUUAGCAACAUUGGGGUAUAUUGCGCCAGAGUAUGGACUGGAUGGACUAGUGUCUACAAAGUGUGGUAUCUACAGUUAUGGGGUCUUGUUGCUGGAAACGUUUACUAGGAGAAAGCCUAAUGAGUUUGAGGGAGAUCUUAGCUUGAAGCAAUGGGCGAGUUAUUCACUUCUUGGAGCAGUAAUGGACGUCGUAGAUUCCAACUUGGUAACACCACAGGGUAAUCAGAAGGAGCUAGAUGUUGUGGCUUCAAUCAUGGAAGUUGCAUUAGAUUGUUGUGCUGAAUCUCCGGCAAGAAGGACAAACAUGAAAGAUGUUGUAGGGAUGCUGCAGAUCAAGAUUCAACUUCUUCUUGCAUAUUGAACAUGGUUUUGGAAUCUGUUGUUCCAAUCACAUGUCUUUGGAAUCUGUUCCAUAUUUACAACUCUGAUUGGGAUGUAAAAGACUUGUUUGAUUUGGUGGUAUUAGUAUUGAUAUGACCCAAACAUUUAUGGUCUGUUCAAACCAUCAAAAAUUUUAAAGGCCAGAGAAUCGCGCCGAAAUUUCAUAUUAGGGGAAGUAUUUUAUUAGUAAAUAUUAUGAAUUAAGCAAACUAAGGUUAUGUUUUUAGUGACUUUAACAAAAGUUUUGUAAAAGAGGACCUUUUGCCUUAAAA